CUCUCUCUCUCUCUCUCUCUCUCUCUCUCUCUCUCUCUCUCUCUCUCUCUCUCGCUCGCUCGCUCGCUCAUGGCUUCCACCAAAGUCCCUCAGGUCAUUACCUGCAAAGCUGCUGUUGCUUGGGGGCCAGGUGAGCCUCUGGUUAUUGAGGAGGUUGAGGUUGAUCCUCCAAAGCCUUAUGAAGUUAGGAUCAAUGUUAUGUGCACAUCUCUUUGUCGAAGUGAUAUUACGCAGUGGGAGUCUAAGGUAACAGCUCACUUGUUUCCUCGUAUAUUCGGACAUGAAGCAGCAGGAGUCAUUGAAAGCAUCGGAGAAGGUGUUGUUGGUCUCAAAGAGGGCGAUCAUGUGCUCACUGUUUUCACUGGGGAAUGUACAGCAUGCAAGCAUUGUGUUUCUGGUAAAAGUAACAUGUGCCAGCUCUUGGGAUUAGAAAGGAAAGGUGUCAUGCAUAGUGAUCAGAAGACUCGUUUCUCAAUCAAAGGGAAGCCUAUUUAUCAUUACUGUGCCGUAUCAAGUUUUAGCGAGUACACUGUUGUUCACUCUGGUUGUGCUGUUAAAAUCGACCCACUUGCUCCUAUGGAAAAAGUAUGUCUUCUUAGCUGUGGAGUCUCUGCAGGUCUUGGGGCAGUUUGGAAAGUCGCUGAUAUUUCUAAAGGAUCAACUGUGGCCAUAUUUGGCCUAGGAACCGUAGGUCUCUCUGUAGCUCAAGGUGCCAAAUUACGAGGGGCAUCUCAAAUAAUUGGAGUGGAUACUAAUCCUGAAAAGAAUGAAAAAGGAAAAUUGUUUGGAGUGACAAAUUUUAUCAAUCCAAAUGAGUGCAAGGAGCCAGUACAGCAGGUUAUAAAGAGUAUUACAGGUGGGGGUGUGGACUUCUCUUUCGAGUGUGUCGGUGAUACCGACAUUACAAAUGCUGCGUUGCAGUCUUCUUGUGAUGGGUGGGGUUUAACUGUAACCCUUGGAGUUCCCAAAACAAAACCUGAGAUUUCAGCUCACUAUGGAUUGCUUCUUUCUGGGAGGACUUUGAAGGGUUCCCUCUUUGGUGGAUUGAAACCGAAGUCUGAUCUGCCUUCGAUAGUGGAAAUGUACCUAAGAAAGGAAAUCCUGAUUGAUGAGUACAUCACGCAUAAUUUGAAGUUGGAAGAUAUUAACGAGGCCUUCGACCUGAUGAAAGAAGGGAAGUGUUUGCGCUGUGUCAUCCAUAUUGCAAAACAAGAUCAGACUAUUAUGUGAGCAAUGCAAUGGGAGAGAGUAUUGAUUGCUUUUGAAGGGAUUAGAAAGAGGGGAGAUCGGAAUAAUGGCUCUUUUGAAUGAAAAGACAGAGAGAGACCGUCUGUUUUGAAGUUGUCCCCAACUGGGUUGUUGCUCCAAACGUCAAGGAACAGAUUGUUGUGACUGGAGCACCAGAGAAAAAGGGAGAGGACUGAUUGCUGCUAUGGUGCAAUCGUCCUUCACCAUGGUUGUCGUCACCACAAAGAAGGAAGACUGAAUUACGUACAGACAAAAAAAACUGAAGUAUGAAAUGAAUCAAUUUGGGUUAAAAUUACAGGCCGUUCAACUUGAGGUUU